AUGGCCACUCUCGAUACUCUACCCGUUGAACUUGUCGCAAAAGUCGUAAGCCAUCUGUUACCUCAAGAUGUCAAAGCCUUGAGCUGCGUCAGUUGGUUCAUGCGGCAUGCCGUUAUUGGAGACCUCUUCCGAACUCUUAUUAUUCGCUGUCCGCUGGCGUCUACCCAAGUUCUGGAGGAGGUCAUCCACAAGUAUCAAGACUUUAUCUCUACAGUCCACUUGCAUGUCUCCUUUCAACCCAACAUGGAGGAAAAGCCCCACGACGGUCCAAUGCCCAGCGUAUGGGGGCCGAUUCCAACAGACACACUCGAGAAAAUCACCCGAGGCGAUCUCCUCAGCAACGUCAGUUCUUUCGUCCUCAACUUCACUGGGGCACAAUUUAAGUACGAUGGCUGGUGGGGCAAACCAGCAACUUGGCCAGAUCCAAACAUGGCCCAGGACAUUUUUAACAGUGGGGAGAACUGGGAUCAGACACUGCAACAAGAACGCGACAUUAUAUGGCGCGCUCAAUACAACGAAUUCAUGCGAGCCGUCUCAAUGAACCAAACCAUUACUAGCCUCAAGAUAAAAGACCUUAUUCCCAGGAACGCUUCCGCAUGGGAAACGCCAGAGUGGGCGUCUUUCCUGGGAAGGCUGCAGGUUUUAGAGAUUGGUGUCUUUGGCGGCGAUGAUGGCGAUUGUUUGCACACCAAUCUCGGGUUCAUAGAGUUUAUCGGAAGUUUGCCGCACUUUAUCAUGAGGCAUGCGCGAAAUGUCCGGCAUCUUACUCUCGAAGCGAGCCCUGAUGGUUUAUUUGGAGGGGCAUCUGCCAACUACAGCAUCCCUCUGCCCUUGAAGGAAGAUCACCUCCCCUUCCUCCACUCACUCACGCUCAAGAAUAUCAUGAUCGGACCUGAUCUGAUAGAGUUUCUCACCGGUCGAGUCGAUUGCUUUGAGGAGGUUGAACUACAUGACUGCAUGUGCGAUGGGCCUGUGCCUGAAUACGGACCAGAUUGGGACCUAGAACCUGUGACUUGGGCUGAUCUGUGGAGAGCCAUCCGGGAGAGAAACAUGCGGCUUUUCAAGGUGUCUGUCGUGCAAAUCAAAACACCUCCGCUUCUAUGGCAGGAGGGUGAUAGCGAGGAGGAUGAGGCCAGUGAGGAUUCUAUCGCGGCUGCGAGGAUUCGAAAGAUGCUGGAAGAGGAUGGAAGUCUGGUGUUGUGGAGAUAUGCUAGGGUUGAUUACAAGUAUGGUUGGAUUGUGGAACUUUCGGAUGAUAAUGUCAAGUAUUUUGAAGACGGUGAAGAUCAGCGGGAAUAUGUGAAGCUUUUGAAGGUGUUGGAGGAGAGGAAGCAGCAGCAAAGGUGA